UUUCCAAAGAGUGGUAGAAAGCAGAAAACUCAUAACAAAGAGAAAACCAAACAAUGGGGCGCAUGAACACAGUUUUCUUGGUGAUGGUGGCUAUCUUGAUGGCCAAGGAGGCCUUAGCAGCACAACAUGUUGUUGGUGGAAGCCAAGGUUGGGAUCCAUCCACAGACCUUAACACAUGGAGUUCAGGGCAAACGUUCAAGGUUGGAGAUAAACUUGUUUUCAAGUACUCUUCUUUACAUAGUGUGGUUGAGUUAAGCAGCGAAAGUGCCUAUAAGAAGUGUGAUAUUAGCAGCCCAGUCAAGUCCUUGAGUAGUGGCAACGAUGUUGUUAAACUAGACAAGGCAGGUACAAGGUACUUCACCUGUGGUACCUUGGGUCACUGUAGUCAAGGCAUGAAGGUGAAGAUUACAACAGUAAAAGGGAAUGCACCUUCCCCUGCAUCGUCACCAUCAUCAUCAUCAUCAUCACCGUUAUCAUCACCUUCUACUUCCUCUUCUUCUUCUACUUCUACCGAUGCAUCUUCAGCCUCACAAUGCUUUGCUUCUUUUGUGUUCAUUGUUGCAUUUUUGGCUACAACAAUGAUUUCCUUGUUUUAAUUGAUAGUAUUAAGUUGGGUUUAUGAAUGUUACUAGUAUAUAUCCACUGGUGGGCUAUGGUGGCAUGACAGUUUUUAAUUCACUUCUAUAUAUUCACCUAUUUUGGAGAAGUUAGUCCCUGAUCGAAUUGGCUACGAAGCAGAGAAGGGACAUGCUUUAUAUGUAGCAUUAAAAGUG